GGUGAUACAAAGCUUUUAGCUGGAGUCAAAGCUGAGUUGAGUACGCCCCUAGCUUCUUCUCCUGACCGAGGCCGAAUCGAAGUUUCAAUAGAUAUCACUCCUCACGCACACGUAGAUUUUGAGGGGAAGGGGGGAGAUGACUUUGCCUCUGAUGUAAGUACACUUUUGACUCAAAACUGCAAUGAUGACAAAUCGGUUGAUCUGAAAUCUUUAUGCGUCAUCCCAGGACAGCAAGCGUGGGUUCUGUAUGUUGAUAUUAUGGUUUUAGGAUAUGGUGGAAAUUAUAUUGAUGCUGCAUCUAUUGCUGCGAAAGUUGCAUUGUAUAACACAAAAAUUCAUUGUGUGAGCGUGAAAUGUGAUGAUGAGAAUGAACCUGAGAUAGAAAUCUCUGAUGAUCCUUACGAUGUUUUUUCAUUGGACGUUACCAAUCUUCCAAUACUCAUUACUCUCUAUAGGAUAGGUGGAGAAUUUAUAGUGGAUGCAACAGCAGAGGAGGAAUCCUGUUGUAUAGCAAAGUUGGUGUUGGCUGUUUCUCCAAAAGAAGUUGUCAGGAUGAAACAGAUAGGAGAAUCUGGCAGCAUUCACAUUGAGAGUGUGCAGGAUGCCAUAGAGAUGGGUCAAGCAAAGGGAACAGUUUUCCAGAAACAGUUGAUGGAAUUUUUACACUCAGAGAAAGAUUUACCAAAGAAUAAGUUUAGAUUGUAAUUUGUGUUCAAGAUUUUGUAGCAUACUAUAAAAUUUCUUAAGAUUUGC